UUGUCCCCUCUCGCCGUAGCAAUCCUCAGCCUCCCUGCCUCUCGCUCCGGCUACGCAGUUGUCCUCUCUCGCCGUAGCAAUCCUCGCCGCCGCCAUCGCCGUCGCCGUCGGCGGAGCUCUCUCUCUCUGCAGCAACCCAGCUCCGCCUCUCGUUCUUCUGCAGCUCAACCGCUCCGACUCGCCGCCGGUCUUUGCCGUCGCCCGCGCCUGGCUCGCCGAUUCGACGUCGACGCUGAGGCUAACUCAUGGCGCGUUCCCGAGAUCGUGAUUUCUUGUUUUGUAACUUCUGUGGGACGAUGCUUACGCUAAGUUCGGUCAAGUUUGCCAAGUGCCCUUUGUGCAAUUUUAAGCGGAGCACUAAAGAUAUUGCUGGAAAAGAAAUUAAGUACAGAGUAACUGCUCAGGACAUAAGGAGGGAGCUUGGCAUGUCUACCUUCGAGGAGGGGGAGCUGAAAUUAGCAACGAUAGCUCGGAAGUGUGAAAAAUGUGGCAACAAUGAAUUCGAGUAUACUCGGAAGCAGAUGAGAUCGGCAGAUGAAGGGCAAACUACAUUUUUGACAUGUACCAAAUGCAGGGAUACCAUUACGGAAAAUUAACUGUACGACUUAUCGGAUUAUUAUGCAAUUUUGAGUCCGCAGGGAGCUUUGUACUGUGUGGUGAUGUUUACACUGCUAAGUUUCUUGUUUCAAGCAUGUGCAUCUCCUUGUGGAAUUUCCAGAAUGAGCUUCCUAGAGUUUCACUGGAGCAAUUGCUCUUGCUGUUAUCAAGUGGUCUAAGCUCA